AUGGGUGACAAGAGGAAGAACACGGCGGACGGGGCUACAAAGCCGGCAAAGGGCCGGCCGGGCCUGAAGUCGGUGACGGCGUCCUGUCCAGUUGCUUUAGAGGCGCGGCCACCAGCGCCCAGUCCCGUUGCCGUAGAGACGCUUGCGGCGGCGUCGGAGGGAGGUGCGAUGACACUGCUGGAGUCCGACGUGCCGAAGACAGAACUAUACUGCGACGAGUGCCAUUACCCCCUCAAGCCUCCUGUUUACCAGUGCUCCCGAAUGCGGCACGUAGCAUGCGGCGACUGUGUCAGCGGCGGCGGCGACGACGACGAGUACGAGUGCACCUCUUGCACAGACUUGGCCGCGUCCGUGGGCUACGUUCAGAGCACCUACCUGGACACCCUGUUGAGCAACACCAAGGUGGCGUGCCCGUACAAAAAGUACGGCUGCGCGAGCUCCUUGGCCUUCAGCGACACCGCGGCGCACGUAGCCGCGUGCUCGUUUGGGCCCUGUUUGUGCGCGAAAUGCUUUUUCGAGGGCACGCCGGCGGACCUCUUGCGCCACCUUACAGAGGAGUCCGGCCGGCAUGCUUGGGCCGCACACAAGAUCACGUACGGCAAGGGCCACCAGUACGCCAUCGACGCGCCGAAGUCUUAUACGGUGCACCUUGAGUUCUUGGUCGCGGAGGAGGACGGUGGCGUAUUCGUCUUGCUCGUUUACGGUAACGAAGACACAAACUUCACAGGCCUUGCGUGUGUCAGGAAUAAUGCUGGUGCUGGGCCGGUGUACAGCUCCUCGUUCGCGGUGGAGGGCCCGGGGCUCAAGGUGAAGGUGGAAAAGAAGGUGAUGAAGAGUUGCUCCGACCCCGUCCAAUACCAUAAGGAGGCGGUCCGUGAUUAUUUCAUCCGUGUGCAGCCGGCGAUGCUGCAUAAGGGAGACGAGACCAGCCAGCUCCAUGUGCGCGUCUGCAUCAGCAAGACCCAGGGCCUCAGCGCGUGA